CCGCGCCCCUGAUCCCCAGCGCCCCAGGCCGACAACUCUGCGAGCCCGGAGUCCCCUGCGCUCAACCACCUCACCCGGCGCGCGACGGGCAGCCUCGACGUCACGCUGGCGCCGCACCGCUAGGAAGGCCCCCUUCUCCAACUCCACCUCCUCCCGGCGCCGGCGCCGCUUUCUAGAAGGUUCUUGGAGGCGGUGGACGCUUACCGUUAGUUUGUGGCCGGCCUGAAUCCGGGUCCAUCCGUCCCUCCCGAGCCCGCGUAGCCCCAGCCAAGUUUGCCAUGCCCGAGAACGUCGCACCCCGGAGCGGGGCGCCAGCCGGAGCUGCCGUCGGCCGCGGAAAAAGCGCCUAUCAGGACCGCGACAAGCCAGCCCAGAUCCGCUUCAGCAACAUUUCUGCGGCCAAAGCAGUUGCUGAUGCUAUUAGAACCAGCCUUGGACCAAAAGGAAUGGAUAAAAUGAUUCAAGAUGGAAAAGGUGACGUGACCAUUACCAAUGAUGGUGCCACCAUUCUGAAACAAAUGCAGGUAUUACAUCCAGCAGCCAGAAUGCUGGUGGAGCUGUCUAAGGCUCAAGAUAUAGAAGCAGGAGAUGGCACCACAUCAGUAGUCAUCAUUGCUGGCUCUCUCUUGGAUUCUUGUACCAAGCUUCUUCAGAAAGGGAUUCAUCCAACCAUCAUUUCCGAGUCAUUCCAGAAGGCCUUGGAAAAGGGUGUUGAAAUCUUGACUGACAUGUCUCGACCUGUGGAACUAAGUGACAGAGAAACUUUGUUAAAUAGUGCAACCACUUCAUUGAACUCCAAGGUUGUCUCUCAAUAUUCAAGUCUACUUUCUCCAAUGAGUGUAAAUGCAGUGAUGAAAGUGAUUGACCCAGCCACGGCCACUAGUGUAGAUCUUAGAGAUAUUAAAAUAGUUAAGAAGCUUGGUGGGACAAUUGAUGACUGUGAAUUGGUGGAAGGGCUGGUUCUUACCCAAAAAGUGGCAAAUUCUGGCAUAACCAGAGUUGAAAAGGCUAAGAUUGGGCUUAUUCAGUUUUGCUUGUCUGCCCCCAAAACAGAUAUGGAUAAUCAAAUAGUGGUUUCUGACUAUGCCCAGAUGGAUCGAGUGCUGCGAGAAGAGAGAGCCUAUAUUUUAAAUUUAGUGAAGCAAAUUAAAAAAACAGGAUGUAAUGUCCUUCUCAUACAGAAGUCUAUUCUAAGAGAUGCCCUUAGUGACCUUGCAUUACAUUUUUUGAACAAAAUGAAGAUUAUGGUGAUUAAGGAUAUUGAAAGAGAAGACAUUGAAUUCAUUUGUAAGACAAUCAGUACCAAACCAGUUGCUCAUAUUGACCAAUUCACUGCUGACAUGCUGGGUUCUGCUGAGUUAGCUGAAGAAGUCAGUUUAAAUGGUUCUGGCAAACUGCUCAAGAUUACAGGCUGUGCCAGCCCUGGAAAAACAGUUACAAUUGUUGUUCGUGGCUCUAACAAACUGGUGAUAGAGGAAGCUGAGCGCUCCAUUCAUGAUGCCCUCUGUGUUAUUCGCUGUUUAGUGAAGAAGAGAGCUCUUAUUGCAGGAGGUGGUGCUCCAGAAAUAGAGUUGGCCCUGCGAUUAACUGAAUAUUCACGAACAUUGAGUGGUAUGGAAUCCUACUGCGUUCGUGCUUUUGCAGAUGCUAUGGAGGUCAUUCCGUCUACACUAGCUGAAAAUGCUGGCCUGAAUCCCAUUUCUACAGUAACAGAACUAAGAAACCGGCAUGCCCAAGGAGAAAAAACUACAGGCAUUAAUGUCCGAAAGGGUGGCAUUUCCAACAUUUUGGAGGAACUGGUUGUCCAGCCUCUGUUGGUUUCAGUGAGUGCUUUGACCCUAGCAACUGAAACUGUUCGGAGCAUUCUGAAAAUUGAUGACGUGGUAAACACACGAUAAUCUGGAUAACUGAUUGACUGGCAUCAUAAUGACCACCAGUACAUCGGCUAGAGUGGAAGAUGAUUGCCCUGGUGGUCCUUGUUAUUUGGAAGAUUGUUUUCUCUAUGAAUUCCUGAGCUUGGUCUUCCAGUUGGCAUUUGUUUGAAAUUGUAUUAAAACAAUUUAAUGAAAAUAUUAAAUAAUUGGUUUUAAAAGGCAGAUUGAUUUAUCUCCCCCCCCAACAUUCUUUUAUUUCUGAUAUGUUGGAAAAACU